AUGAGCGGACGAGGAGGCGGCAAAACUGGUGGCAAAGUCAGAGCUAAGGCGAAGACUCGCUCUUCUCGGGCUGGUCUUCAGUUCCCUGUCGGUCGUGUUCACAGACUGUUGAGGAAGGGGAACUAUGCGGAGCGUGUUGGUGCCGGCGCUCCCGUCUAUAUGGCGGCUGUGCUCGAGUAUCUGACCGCUGAGAUUCUCGAGUUGGCUGGAAACGCUGCCCGCGACAACAAGAAAACCCGUAUCAUCCCCCGUCACCUGCAGCUGGCUGUUCGCAACGACGAGGAGCUCAACAAACUGCUGGGAAAAGUGACCAUCGCUCAGGGCGGCGUGCUGCCAAACAUCCAGGCUGUUCUGCUGCCCAAAAAGAGCGAACCGAAGACCAAGUCCAAGUAAACCUGAAUCUGCAUUCACCCAAAAAGGCUCUUUUAAGAGCCACACAAUUAACUACUAAAGA